UUCCGGUCGCGUUUCAGAAGGCUACUGCUACAGGCUAAUUUACAAAGACUUCUGGGCAAACUACAUACCGGAGAGCUCCGUUCCUGAGAUGGUGCGCUGCCCAUUGGAGAGUACUGUGUUGAAGGUAAAACUGCUCAACAUGGGAGAGCCCAGAGCUUUGCUGGCGACAGCCCUUUCUCCCCCCAACAUCAGUGACAUCGAGCGCACCAUUCUGCUGCUGAAGGAGAUAGGAGCACUUGCAAUCAGUGCUGAUUCUGACGAUGCAAAUCCUUACGAUGGUGAACUGACCUUCCUGGGAAAGGUGUUGGCGCAUUUACCUGUAGACCAGCACCUUGGCAAACUAAUAGUUCUGGGCAAUGUCUUUGGAUGUCUGGAAGAAUGUCUCAUAAUAGCUGCAGCCCUUUCCUUGAAGAGCUUCUUUGUGAUCCCUUUCAGACAACACCUUGAUGCGUACAGGAAUAAACUUCAUCUUUGUGGGAACAUCAAGAACGAUUGCAUCAUACUGGUUACGGCAUUUAAGGAGUGGCAGGAAAGCCGGCAAAAAGGAAAGCUCAGACAUCCCAAGGAUGAGCUUGAUUGGGGCCGUUCCAAGUAUAUUCACAUCAAACGGAUUAGGGAGGUGGCUGAAUUGUACGAGGAGUUGAAAAAACGAGUCAGCAUAUUCAACAUGCACGUUAACCAGCUGCCACCCGCCAUAGACCGUGACCAUGUGUAUAAGCAGCACUUCAUUUUGCAGGUUGUCCUGGCUGGGGCUUUCUAUCCCAAUUAUUUUGCUUUGGAGCACCAUGAGGAAGAAAUCGCUGCGAGGGAGCUGUCGGGCAACAAUCCCAAGACAACAGUUAUGUUGAAGAGCAUGCCCACAUAUGGAUUCCUCUACUAUAAACAACUGCAGUCGCUGUUUAGACAGUGUGGCCAAGUAAAAUCCAUUUCGUACGAUGGAACCAAAGCUUUUGUGGAGUUUUCCCGGAAUCCGACGGAACGCUUUAAAAUGCUUCCUGCCGUAUACAUGGCCCUGAAGAUGUCACAGUUGCGGACUCGAUUUGAGCUUAACGUUCAUUCGUCAGAAGAGAUUGAAGCGAAAAUGGACACGGGAUCAAGUGUAAUAGUGAGGGGCUCACGUGUGAAGGUGGACUUUCAGAAACAUACAGUCACUCCCAUGCAGAAAUUUGGCAACGGUUUGGAUGAAUUGCAGACAAUAACAAGCCUUGAUUUGUCGAUCAACGUCACGGAGGUGGUGGAAGUUGGACACUUCUGGGGUUAUAGAAUAGAUGAAAAAAAUAUUUCUGUAUUAAAAAACCUUACAACGGAGAUCAACCAGCUUGAACUAAAACCUCUGUCGGUCCGCCCCUAUCCAGAUUUGGUUUGUAUGGCACCGUUUACAGACUGGGAAAAUGAAAAAUAUUACAGAGCCCAAGUCCUGUAUGUAUCUGAGGAGAGCGCUGAGGUUUUCUACGUAGACUAUGGAAAUCGAUGCAAAGUGGCCUUGGAACACCUGCGUGAGAUUCCAGAUCAUCUUCGAACCUUGCCUUUCCAGGCUUUGGAAUUUAAGUUGCACCGAAUACGGCCCUCUGCGCAGUCUCUAGUAUGCGGAGAGCAGUGGAGCCACGCGGCGAGUCAAAGGUUUGCCUCUUUGGUCCACCACUGUGCACUGAUGGUGAAGGUCUUUUCGAUAGUGCACAAUGUCUUGCACGUGGAUGUGUACCGGCACUCUGGGAUCAUGGACACCGUGAAUAUCCGAGACGUCCUUAUUGACGAAUGCUACGCAGAGUUGUCAGAAGACUCCUACGAAUCAAAACUAAGCAACGAAACACUCCAGGAGCUGUUCGCGAAGCCAAAUGUGAACGAGGGGAAGAGUGCUCCAACUGCAGAGGCUCGCUCCAAACAGGAAGAAGAGGAGCACCUGAUCAAAACGAUGGUGGAUAACUGUACAGUCAGUCAGCUGGGGGCACCCAACUGCAAGGCAGUGCUGCUCGGUCCCUUCAACCCAUACAGUGUGAAAUUCAGCAGUUUGACUAGGAUAUCCAGGUUCAGAACUGUCAUGGUAGAGAAGGAGAGUAUCAACUCUGUGGUUGUUGACGAUGUGCCCGAGGACUCAUUUCAGCAAAUGUUGGUGGCUUCAUCCAUAUCGGUGAACUCGACAGGCUCUACUAUGUUGCUAAGAGGGACAUCUCUCAUGCCUCACAUUCCCGGGCUGCCAGCUCUGUUGAGCAUGCUGUUUGCACCUGUGAUAGAUCUUCGGGUGGAUGAGAGCAGGAGCAGAUACACCGGUGUGCUUUGUGGCCUGGGGUGGAACAACGUCCUCGGAAUCCCAGUCUUCCCGGACCAUGACAUGGAGCUGGCGUUCGAUGUGCGGAUUAGCGCUGAUGACAUCACACAGAUAAACAUCCUAAGAAAAUCCAUCAACAAACUAGCCUGCGAUGGUCCUAAUGGCUUGUUACGUUUGAGUAAAGAGAGAAUUGCUCAUUUACAGAACGCUGCUCGCCAGAACCUUUUAAGCCUGAUUUGCAAAUCAAAGCCUCGGGAAAUAAUUCCUCCCAAGUGGUAUGCCAAGCCAUAUGAGUGGGGCCAGCUGAAGACGAAAUUUGUCAUUGACCAGUCUGAUGUGCGGGAAACGAAUGAGAACAACGUGCCUCUGUACCAGCUGCAUAAGUUGAUUCUCUUAAACGCCUGAGUCUCCAAUACCAAGCAUGCUCACUGAAAGGAAAUCCCAUUGAAAUUGGCAAAACUUAUUUCUGAAUAAAUGUAAUCUGAAUGACGUUCUGGAUAAAUGUAAUUUCAGAACGUUGACUGUUUUAAAUGUAAUUUCAGAACGUUGAUUGUUUAAAUGUAAUUUCAGAACGUUGACUGUUUAAAUGUAAUUUCAGAACGUUGACUGUUUUUGCAGCCCUUGUUGUUCGAGUACGAGACAAAAGGAACACAAGAAACGUUUGAAGAAAUGCGUCUGAAGUUCUAAAGUUGUGUCUCUCCUCACCCCAAUCAUCUUUUUGACCCUAAAAAAAUCAAAAGUAUGUUAAUUGUGCCUAAAGUUGGGGUGAUGUGGGGAGAAAACCUAGUUCUCUCAAUAUCUUGUCUUAAUCCCCUUCUCUUGAAAGUUUGCUAAAUAGCCAAGAGUAGGGGAAAUUGGUUAGGGAUGAUUGUGCUGGGAGAAAAAGGUAUUUGACCCUUCUGUGCUAUUUUCCUGCUCUAAAUUUGAUUCUCUUGAAGCAUAGUUUUAUCCAGUAAGGGGGAGCAGAUGGGAGAGAUGUAUGUCUUCCUUACUGAGGCAAAUAGUUCCCCCAGAAAAGCUUUCCUACCCCCCUUGACCAGUCCAAAAUCAUUCCUAAUCUCCCCCCCCCCCCAAAAAAAAAAUAAGUUCACAUA